CCAUGCUGGCUACGGGCACUGGGUCUGCCCUGGACCCCGGGCGCGGUGGGGAGGAGUCUGCGCGGCGGAGCGGGGCCCCCGACGCUCACCCGGCCUCCUGCAUGAUCGCGUUCUCCACGCCUGCGGGGUGCGGAUGGCGGCGGGGCGGCCCGAGGAGCUAUGGGAGGCCGUGGUGGGGGCCGCCGAGCGCUUCCGGGCCCGGACGGGCACAGAGCUGGUGCUGCUGACCGCCGCGCCGCCACCGCCGCCGCGCCCGGGGCCCUGCGCCUACGCAGCCCAUGGCCGAGGGGCCCUGGCUGAGGCCGCCCGCCGCUGCCUCCAUGACAUCGCCCAGGCUCACAGGGCUGCGGCCGCCGCCCGACCACCCCAACCCCCGCCAAUGCCCCAGCCGCCCAGUCCUCCUCCGAGCCCGCCCCGCCCGGCCCUGCCCAGGGAGGAGGAGGAGGAGGAGGAGGAGGAGGAUGAGCCGACAGAGACCGAGACCUCCGGGGAGCGGCUGGGCGGCAGUGAUAACGGAGGGCUCUUCAUGAUGGACGAGGACGCCACUCUCCAGGACCUGCCCCCCUUCUGUGAGUCGGACCCUGAGAGCACAGACGACGGCAGCCUGAGCGAGGAGGCCCCCGCCGGCCCCCCAGCCUGUUCUCUGCCCCCCGCCUCGGCCCUGCCCACGCAGCAGUACGCCAAGUCCCUGCCCGUGUCUGUGCCCGUCUGGGCCUUCAAGGAGAAGAGGAGCGAGGCGCGGUCGUCAGAUGAGGAGAACGGACAGCCCUCCUCGCCCGACCUGGACCGCAUCGCGGCGAGCAUGCGCGCGCUAGUGCUGCGGGAGGCCGAGGACACCCAGGUCUUCGGGGACCUGCCUCGACCGCGGCUCAACACCAGCGACUUCCAGAAGCUGAAGCGGAAAUACUGAGGCCCGGAGACGGCGUCCCGGCCGCGUCCGCCCGCCCCACACUACGCCCCCGCCCCGCCCCCGAAGCCCGCCAAUCCGCGGGCCUGGCCGGGCCCAGCCGGUCCCCCGCCUUUCGGGCCCACGGCCUCCUGUUCCAGGGUGCGAGAUCUGUCCAGCCCGCCGGUUGGGUCUCUCGCCCUUUUCUUUACCCAACGACAGAUUCUUUAAGGACCCUGAGUCGCACUCUGGACGGGAGCGUGGCUAGUUCUAAACCCGUAAUGGAUCAAUUCCGUCGUUUUUCUGCCUAGCGACAAAGUCUGUUGCUCGGCAUUGGCUUCUUCCCCGAAAGAGUACAGCAAAGCUCCAGGAUUGGGUAGUGGCCUCCACUUUAGCCUAGUGACUGGGCAGCGCUUUCAUUUGAUUGGCUUGAAUCCAGUCAAAGGGCUCUAUCAAUCUCCGGGGAGUUACCCUCCGCCCUCUCUGACUCCUACUUACUGAUUGGCUACACCUUCGGGGUGUGGUCAAGCUGCCCCUGCCCUCGGAUCCUCCCUCCUGAUUGGCUGCAGCCUUUGGGGGGCGUGGUCAAGCUCUCGUACCCAGAAUCAGGCUGAGGCUUUCAGUUUGCUGGGUUUUUUUUACACUACUGGGGCUGGGCUCGUUUUUUUGGCCAAGUCCUGACUAUUGUACCCCUGGCCCCCUCAGGGACCGCUCAGUCCUGUCCCUGCGUCCACAACCCCCACUGGUUCCAUCCCACAAGAGCCUGCCAAUCGAAGCCCGUCCUUUUAUCCAGGACGGUACCAGCUCCCGCCCCUCUCCCCCACCCUCACAGGUGCCUUAAAGGCCCCUUGUCCACCCAAGGUGGGGGACAGGGAGCCUCACUCUCCGGCCCUGGUGUGGGGGAGAGAGUGGGAGGAUUGGGAGUUAGGAGGGGCGCUGAGAUUAAAAGAGUUUGAUAAAUGUGA